GGAUAUUCAAAGGUUGUGCCACCCGAUGACGAACUAGGUGGUGAUAUAACUGGAAAAUGAGCUAAUUGCCAUUAAAAUAGGCGAGUUUAUGUCCAAGUGCUUUUGUAAAUUUGUUCUAAGGCGGAAAUGCUUUCAAUAACUAUGGCUUUAUAAAUAAUAUCCACUUUUGGCUAGGAAACAAGUUAGUUUAUAUCACUGUAGACUGAUUUUAUGAUCAUAUUUAUAGCUUAAUUAGAUGCAGCAAAUGCGGGGAAAUACAUUAUACGCUUUAAAGAUAAGAAAUCACGCUAGAAAAGUGUAGAUUAUGAGCUGAGAUAGUUCAAGAUGACACGUUCAAAUCAACACCAUAUGCAGUCUAAACCUUAGGCCAUCAAAUGAUGUUAAUCUAAAGUAACUGCCGUGGGCCAUUCCCAUGAUUAUCAGAGCGACUGGCCAGACGCAAUGUAGCCAUACAUUGGCAUACUUUUGCAAUGUCAGUACUCCGUCCACAAAACAGCAGCCAUCCCAUAUCAGUUGGCACAACUGGGCCAUAAACUAUAAGUCAUAACUGCGAGUAUGCGUUAUGAAGUGGAGGAUCGCGAGAUCGUGCUUAUCGGUUGGGUAUUAUGCCAAAAGCCUGAUAAUAUUCCCCAGCUAAGCGGAGAAGCAAAAACAAAGCAAAUACAUUCAUUGAGAGGAACAAUAAAAUUUUAUUAACAAAAAUCGAACCAGAUUGUGGAGUGGGUCCACACAAAAACAAAAAAAACAAACAAACAAACUAGCGCCUAAAGACCUGUUUUCGUCUUUUUUUUUUGGGUGGUUUCUGAAGGUUGUGUUCUGGUUUUGUAUUAAAAUGCCCCCCAAGCCAGUUUUUGGCUCAGUCUUCUGAAGCCAAGAUGCGGAUGCUAAACUAUCUGAACUAUAUUUUAAUCGCUGUGAUUGCUCGCGCGACCUGUGAGUCACUAAAACUCGAGGAAAUUGCAAUUAAAACUUUGGAUUGCCGCGAAAAUACGUGCACGAACUUGAGAUACCCUUCUGCUUCAGAAGUUGCCUACUUCUCAGAAAGUGUGACUAAAAAUUUGAGAAAGUACGAAUCUCUCGUUCUUCACAGUUCCCAAUUGGCCAAUUUGCCGAGAAAAAUCUUUCUGAACCUUCCUCAACUUGUGGAAUUCCAUGUAUUGGAGUGUGAGCUUCAGCGAAUUGAAAGUGUAUGUUUUGAGGGUGCCAAGAACUUGAAAAGAUUGAAUUUUGGAGGAAAUGCCCUGCGAGUUUUGGAUAGCAACACCUUUGAAUUGGCCACCCAACUGGAGGAACUCAACUUAUCGGACAAUCAACUGGAGGAUCUGCCCACAACCAUAUUUCGGCCCCUGAAGAGCCUUCAAAAGAUCAACUUAUCCAACAAUCGGUUAAUCACUAUAUCCCAGCACCUCUUCUCACAACUGGGAUCGCUUAAAUCCAUCAAUCUGGACAGUAAUCAGCUGAGGGAACUGCCUGGUGAACUUUUCCGGGAUCAGCGGAAACACUUGUCAGAAUUCUCAGCCCGAAGUAAUCAACUAGAGCGGAUUCCUUUCAAUAUAUAUAGUGAAAUAGAUCACCUCUCGCUCUCGUUUAAUCCCCAACUCAAAAGUCUUCAUCUAUCAGCUAAAAUCAAUGAGCUGGAGGCCACCAAUUGUGAUCUUGAGUCAGUGGAGUUGGAUGGACUAGUGAUUGGUGUCCAACUAGAGACUAACCCGAAUCUGAGUGAGUUGAAGAUUUCGCAGCCCCAGGAUCUGGAGCAUCUCUACUUGGCCAAUACCAAUCUGUAUAGACUUGACUUUCUGUCCAAGGCCAGUAAACUAGUCGACUUGGAUGUUACGGGCAUUGUAAAUCUCGCGGAUUUACCCAAAAUCACCUCAGCCAAGGGAUUGGAAAGAUUGAGCUUCACCUACGACAACUUGACCUCGGAUCACAUGGACAUGCUGCCCCAUCUGAAGGAUCUCAACUACUUGGAGAUAAGUCACGAGAAGGGAAGGGAGAUCUUUAUCAAGGAUCUGGAUGAGGAUUUCUUUGUCGAGGAAGCGGAACUCAAUUGCGGUCAGUUGGCGGAUCUGUUGGAGUUCGUCGAACUGCCUAAGGACACAACCAUCCUGGAAGAUCGAUUAGUUGGCGAUCCUCGAGGGCCAAUGGGAUGUGGAAUGGCAUAGAAAUUCAUCUAUUAAAUGGGAAAUAGCUUUAAAAUUCCUACGUAUUUAUACUAAUGAGAAAAUAUUACAUAAACGAAACUGCAUACAUUAAGCCAAACAAAUACCAUUUAUUUGCCCCCUCUUUGUUUGAUUUUACAUUUACAAUUACAAGCACUUCGCUUUAAGGGGCCAACAGAACAAGUACUUAUAAUUCGUCUUCAUUAAAAUUAAUUAAAAAAGUGUAAUUUUUGCAUACUGUUUACAAAUCAUUAAUCAACGCUA